GUUAACGUAUAAAAGGCUCCGCAUCACCCCAAGGGGAGCUCAAAAGCACUAGAUCUCGCUCUUUAAACUCUAAGCUUCCAAUAGAAUUAAAUUCACUUAUCAAAGCUUAUACAAAGUGAGGGUUUUUUAAAGAAAACAUGCAGGCCUUCGGGGGACAUUACUCUUGUCCGUGUUUCAGCUGCAGUUCUCCUUACUGUACAGGAAUCAGAGGAACUCUCCAAACCUCUUCACUGUCUUUAAACCGUGGCUCUGCAAGUUCUAGCGGCUUAAGUUCGUCUUUCACCAUUUCGUCAAUUCUUUCACGUUCUGAUGAUGCGAAACCAAGCGCAAGUGAAACAAGAGCGACAUCUCCUGUUAAAACUGAAAGUGCCAUUUCCAUUGGAGCUUACCACCCGUCGCAUUUCGCCUUAGAGAGAUUUCAUCCUUAUCACCGAGCAUUCAGUGCCUUUUCUCGAACAAGUGCAUGUGGAAGUUCCACGAAAGAUGGGGAAAUAGUGGUUUCAGGCCUGCAUGAUGACAACAAACCGUGGAAUUUCAAGCAAGGGAAACCGAAGAGAAUAAGAACAAUUUUCACGCCAGAGCAAUUAGAGAGACUCGAAAAAGAGUUCGAAAGACAGCAGUACAUGGUCGGGGCAGAACGACACUAUCUUGCCGCCUCGUUGAAUCUGACGGAAACACAAGUGAAAGUGUGGUUCCAAAAUCGUCGAAUCAAGUGGAGGAAACAAAAGCUUGAUCGUCAGAGCUCUACUAGCUGAAUAGUUCAGAUAUGACAUGACAUAACCAAGCAAUUAUCCACACCGACACAAAAGAAAUAAUUACUCGCGAAUUCGCGCACUGACUUUGGGUAAACUCUCUUGGUAAAGUUUCCGCAAGGCUUGGGUAGUGUACGAAACUUUUACAUUUUCGGCUUGUUAGCACAAAUAUCAGGGAAACACCCAAAAUUUUCUAAACCCAGGUUCUUAUCUCAAUUAUCCCUCGAAUCCAUCGCUAAUUUGUAUCUAAUCUUUCCAUGAAGAUACUUGGGUUUAUGGUUGAUUUCGAACUGACGGUAAUUAAGGCAAGCCGAGCUGUAUAACCCAAAGCUUAUACCGCACAUUAGAGUAUUGUCUACUCCUCCUAAAUAAUUAAGAUGGACUUUGUUUGGAUACGUAGAAUAAUUGACUGUGUAGAGCAAAACGAGAAAGAUUGGCUUCCCGAAGAACAAUUCAUCAAACCCAGAAAGAGAGGAAAGCCAAAGUGUAGAAGUAAAAUUCUACGGUAUUUAUCAAAAUACAAAACAGUUUUCAAAAAAAGUACAAGUAUCACCAAAAUUGAAUACUAUAGUGUAUUUUUUGUAAAUGUUCAUGUAAUAGAAAUUUCCAAUCCUUUUCCGGGAUUAUUAUCCAAACUUUCCUCCUAUCCUUAUUUCGGGGGGAAAUCUUACACAGCCUAGGAAAGAGUUAAAAUCUUGUAAGACUUGUAAAUAUUUAUCAUAAAUCUUUGUACAAAUAUUUAAUAAAGAAAAUAUAAUAAAAGAGUUAAGCAUC